GCCUUUUUCCUGAUGUAGGUGGAGGGUAUUUCUUGCCAAGACUAUCAGGAAAGAUUGGCUAUUACCUUGCACUGACAGGAUUUAGGCUGAAAGGAAGAGAUGUACUAAAAGUUGGCAUCGCUACACAUUUUGUAGAAUCUGAAAAGAUACCUGCCUUAGAGAAAGACCUGAUAGCACUGAAAUCCCCUUCAACAGAAAAUAUUGCAGACUUACUGAACUCUUACCAUGUGAAGAGCAAAGUUGAUCAAGAAAAGCAGUUUGUACUUGAUGAACAUAUGGACAAGAUUAACAGUCUUUUUUCAGCAAACAGUAUGGAAGAAAUUGUUAAAAAAUUAAAGCAAGAUGGUUCUCCUUUUGCCAUUAAGCAGCUAGAGACUAUUAAUAAGAUGUCACCUACAUCCUUGAAGAUGACUCUCAGACAGCUCAGAGAAGGAGCUUCCAUGAGUUUACAAGACGUACUCACGAUGGAAUACAGACUGAGCCAAGCGUGCAUGAGAGGCCAUGACUUCUAUGAAGGGGUUCGAGCAGUGCUGAUUGACAAAGACCAAUCCCCCAGAUGGAAGCCAGCUUCUCUAGAAGAAGUCAGUGAUGAAAUUGUGGACGAUUGUUUUAAGCCAUUGGGAAGCAACGAUCUCAAGUUGUAA